AUGGCUCCACAUAUUAAGACACCGCGUGUCAACGCGUAUACCUGGGGUUGUAGUCUCUUCGCAGCAGUCGGAUCUUUACUGUACGGUAUCGACUCUGGUAUCGUCUCGACGACCAUCGCCCAGAAGUCGUUUGUGGAAUAUUUUGCACCCUUUACACCGAGUGUCAAAGGUGCUCUUGUAAGCACGUUCGGCGCAGGCUCCGUUUUCGGUGUCUUCUUCGCAGGAUGGUCCGCCGAUUAUCUUGGCUGGUUGGUUGUGAAACAGCGCAAGCAGACUAAGAGCGAGAACAGUCGCAAGAAGACUAUCAUGAUCGCGGCGAUCAUCGCUUUAAUUGCUGGCAUUAUCCAGGCUGCUGCGGUACAUAUGGGUAUGCUCAUCUGCGGGCGCAUCAUUGGAGGUUUUGCUGUUGGCAUCAUGAAUAUGACGAUUCCCAUAUACAAUUCUGAGAUCGCCCCUCCACAUAAGCGCGGCAUGAUUUCUGGCCUUCAUGCUCAGUUUGUGGGCAUAGGUUUCGCGAUUGCCAACUGGGUCGGAUUUGGCUGCUCGUACGCUUCUGGCCAAUUCCAGUGGCGGUUCCCUCUAGCAGUUCAAUGUCUUCCUGCCAUCAUCGUCCUCGUUGGUAUCUUCUGGCUGCCUUACUCGCCCCGCUGGCUCCUCGAACAAGAGCGAGAUGAAGAAGCUUAUGCCGUCAUCAAGCGUCUUCAUGGUGGUUCUGGAGAUGACACAUUCUUCCGUGCCGAGUUCACACAAAUGCGCGAUCAACUGCGUUUUGAGAAAAGCGUACAGAAAGCCGGCUGGAAAGAGUGUUUUGCUACGAAGAGCAACAGAAAAAGAAUCUUACUUGCCGUGCUUGUCCAGGCUUUUACGCAACUGUCGGGUAUCAACGUUAUCAACUAUUACCAAACAGAUCUGUAUAAGAGUCUCGGUCAAACAGGUCACAAUGUGACGUUGUUAGCUGGUGUCUACGGUCUGGUCGGUCCCAUUGCCAAUGUGAUCUGCCUCAAAUACGGUAUGUCGCGAUACUUGAGACGUGAGCUCCAGGGAUCAACACUAACUCAUGCAGUCGACACAUGGGGUCGCAAGAAAACUCUCUGGAUCACCGGCCUGAUCAUGACCCUCGACAUGGCGCUCGUGAUGGCUCUGAGCGGUGCAUAUGGCAAGUCGGACAACCAGAUCGCGAAGGGUUUCUCCAUCGCCUUCAUCUUCUGUUUCUCCAUUAUCUACUCCCUUGGCUACAACUCCAUCCAUUACAUCUACGUCCCAGAAAUCAUGACCAUGGCAAUCCGCUCCAAGGGCUCGGCCAUCUCCGUCAUUUCGAACGUGCUCAUCAACAUCGUCUUCAACCAGGUGUCACCAAUCGCCUUUUCCGAGGUAGGCUACAAGUACUACUCUCUGUUCAUCUGCACGAACCUGAUCGGGGCUAUUACGGAAAUUGCGCAUAUCUUUGGUGACGAGGUGAUUGUAGCGGAUCUAGCGACUGUUAAGGGGAAGCUUCCCGAGGAGGAAGUGCACGAGAUGGAGGUCGUGGAUGACAAGAAGUGA